ACGUACAUAAGAAGCGGCAAAUGAAAGGAAUGAAACGCCCAAGAAUCCGACUCCGACCAAACCAAACAACACGCAAGAAAAAUGGUAGCUCGCAAGUUCCUUGUUCAACAUGAUGGCUCUGACUUCGACGUCGACUACGAUACUGACGAUGGCUUCGAAGUUUUCAAAUUCCAGAUUUUCUCUCUUACCUCAAUACCACCCGACGAACAAAAGAUCUAUGGAGGCGAGAAUUUGCUCAUAAUUGGAGAUUCCGAUCUCAAUUCAGUUACUGAUAAGCUUCGAGUAGUAUCGAUCACUGAACGGGAAGAAAGUUCAUCGGCACCGGCUGUGACGGAGGGCAAUUCAUUAACGAAAUCAGAUGAGGAAUUGGCUCGGAUGUUGCAGGCGGAGGAGGAAGCCCUCUUUUACCAGCAAUUUCGUGCCGGCAAUAGUGGGAAAGAGUUCGAGGAGAGGAUUCGGCCUCACUUGACGCAAGUUCUUAUGUAUGAAGAUCCAAUUCGUCAGGAGGCGGCUCGUAAGAGUGUUCCAAUUGAUGAACUCGAGGAGAAAGCAUUGCUUUCCUUAGCGAAGGAGGGGAACUUUAAACCUUCCAAAAUUGAACAAGAUCAUGCCUUCCUGCUGCAAUUGCUGUUUUGGUUUAAACAAUCUUUCAGAUGGGUUAAUUCACCUUCUUGUGAUGGUUGUGGUAGUGAAACAACAACCCGAGGCAUGGGUGACCCACUUCCUUUAGAGCUUCGAUUUGGAGCAUCUCGAGUUGAGAUUUAUGGGUGCACUAACUGCUCAAGAGUCACUCGUUUUCCACGGUAUAAUGAUCCACUGAAGCUUGUAGAAACAAGGAGAGGACGAUGUGGAGAGUGGGCUAAUUGCUUUACACUCUAUUGUCGAGCUUUUGGUUAUGAGGCUCGUCUGAUCUUAGAUUUCACUGACCAUGUUUGGACGGAGUGCUUCUCACAUCUUCUGGGAAGAUGGAUGCAUCUUGAUCCUUGUGACGGAGUCUAUGACAAUCCAUUGUUAUAUGAAAAGGGCUGGAAAAAGAACCUCAGCUAUGCAAUUGCUAUUGCUAAAGAUGGAGUUCACGACAUCACUAAACGCUACACAAGGAAGUGGCAUGAGGUUCUAUCAAGGCGGAACAUUGCCACAGAGCCUGUUGUCUCUGCUGUUCUCUCUGAUAUAACUAAAGAAUGUCGAAAAGGUCUUAGCUCUCAGGAACUUGUUAUACUUGAAGAUCGUGACAGAAAAGAAGCAAAUGCACUUGAAAGAGGCCUCCAUUCACAAGAUGAUACUUCAAUCUCAUUACCAGGAAGACAGAGUGGGGCCAAGGAAUGGCGCAUAGCAAGAUCAGAGAUAGGCUCAGACUCUUUGAGUAGUUCUUUGUGCCCUGUCCGUAUUUGUUUUGAUGGGCAUGUUUCAAGCAUUUACACUGCUUUUUAUUCUCUCCUGUUACAGUUAGUUGACAAUGGUCUUCCUACAUCUGAAAUUGUUGAAAUCCUUAAGAUGGUUAAAAGGGUAUUAUUGAAUCUUAAGAAUACAUCCUUUCGAUCAAGGAGAGCUUCAAUUGAUUUAGAUUCCAAUGUCUCACAAAUUAUGCCCUCUAUGGAUGGAUUACUUACUGCACUUUCCCUGAAGAGUGAACUAGAAAAAGAUGGGAAGUUAACUAUUAGUUUGGCUGGUGAUCCUGUCAAAACCUCUAUAGCUUUGCCAGUGGCAUUGGAUACUAUUGAUGAUAUUGUUGAUGAUCUUAAAAGUAAUCACAACAUUGAUAAAAAUUCUUUACCUAUUUGGAAGCUAAACAGAAUAUCUUCUGGUUCCGUCCUAGCAAGUGGUGAAGAGCUUCCUUUGGAAAUAGUUACCUCAGCGUUCGAUGGUAUUCGUAUGUCUAAAUGGGGAGAGCCAAAUGGUGCAAAAGGUAGUUGGAUAAUAUACAAGAUAAUGGAUGGAAAGAUGCACAAUCUAGAGGCCUAUGAAUUGAUGUCAGCAAAUGAUGCUCCAGAGAGGGAUCCAAUGGAUUGGGUGGUUGAGGGAAGCGACGAUGGGGGCUCCAGCUGGUAUGUUUUGGAUAAACAAAUGUCUCAGAUAUUUACAAAGCGCUUCCAACGUAAAACGUUUAAGAUUGGAUCGACACACCGCCUUUCUAAUGCAUUUAGGUUCAGGUUUCUGGCAGUUCGUAAUGCUCAACAAACAACACGAUUGCAAAUUGGCAGCAUUGACCUCUUUGCUAGAACCAGUUAGUGUUUCUCUUUAGUACCAGAAAAAAGUUGGUGUUUCUCUUGUACAUGUAAAAUUAUUUUAAGUAAUGUUUCCAGUAUUUCAUAGUGGCUGUCUUACUGUUUUCUAUCAGUCAUAAAUGCUGACGAAAGUUCUAUUGGUAGAGUUCUGGUUGAACAUUGGCUUAUUAAAUAAAAUUCCAGAUUCCUCAAAUG